AUGACUUCAGUUGUUAUGAACCAUUUUGCUACAAACUUUGAGAGUGACUACGAGCCGAUCGACUUCAAGAACAGUUUGGAAGAUUUCAAGGAAUUUCAACAUGCAGCUCAUGCCAUGAUAUUUGCCAGAGAUACAGAACGUUUUUGGAAUGCACUGGAGAAAAAGGCUCAAAUUUUGAUGCACAUACGAUUUGAUGGUUAUCUAGGGUUUCCAGGGGGCCUUAUUGACAAGGGAGAGAGUGUACUUGUUGGCCUACAGAGAGAAAUACAAGAGGAAAUAGGACUUGAUCCUACAUGCUUUCCAUUCGCAAACAGUGACCAUGUGUCAUCCCAUAUUAACUACAAAACAAAACUUGCUCUUCAUUUCUUUGCUAAAGAAGUGGCUCUUGAAGAGUUCAAAAUGCUUGAGUCUAAUAUGAUGACAUCUAAAGAAUUUGGUGUAGAGGUUCUUGGUCCAACAAGAGUUCCAUUAUAUACCAUGGAGGAUGGCUAUAGAGGGCUGCCUGUCUUUCUGAACAACAUGUUCAUUGGCAAUUCACGCCAUCAACUCCUCAAUUGUGCACUCAAAUUCAACUUGUUAACAAAGCAAGAAAUAGACGAGGCACUGGAGGCUAGCAAUAGAAUAAACAAUGUUGUCAAUAAAUCUAGUUGACAACGGGACUACUAGGACAGGAGUUUGAAACUCAGAGCUGCCUG